GAAAAUUGACGGUGGCCUGUGCGAACAAAGAGGAAGAUGACCAGCGUGCUAGCCCGCAGUCGCAAAACCAGCGACACGAGUAUCUCGGUGAAGUACACGCCAUGCGCUAAAACUGAGCCGGCCGAGGAAGAAGACUUGGAGGAAAUUGCCAUAGUGAGUAAAAAUAACGAGAAAGGGUCGAUCCGAGAUCAAAACGAUUCAAAUCAAAGCCAUGAGAGCAGAGAUAGCGAGACGGCUGUUACUGCCAACGGACCCCGCAUUCUGUCUAACCUCGGGCCAUUCCAGUCGCCCUCGGAUCGUACGAAACUGAUCGGGGAGAGACUGAGUUCUAGCGGAACGGGAGUCAUCAAUAUCUCAUCCCCAGUGUACUCGGGUAAAAUCGUGGAGCAAAAAUCCAAAUCUACUUCCAAGCAGAGCCUGUUGGAAAUCGUGAGUACUAAGCUGGAUCGUGUUAAGCAGAGAAACCGGCAGUCUCGGGACGAGGUCACGCUAAUGAACAAGACAAGGUCCAGCGAGACGGUUACAUCCAAGGGAAUACGCAAACUCCGACGGAAAGAGAUCGUAGAGAAGUUUGGCAAAAAAAGCCAGCGCUUCGAGCACUUCGAAACGUCAACAACGAGCACAGAAAAGGAUGGCUGUAAAUGGACGUUUGUGUUCGACCCGUCGGGUCGUCUGUGUUACUGGUGGUCGGCCGUUGUCGGCAUAGCCUUCCUUUACAACUUUUGGGUGAUUAUUUACAGAUACGCGUUUCAGGAAAUAGACAGUUCGAAUAUAGCCUUGUGGUUUACCCUGGAUUACAGUGCGGAUCUCUUAUACGUUCUGGAUAUAGCUUUUCACUUUCGCACCGGAUACCUGGACGAGGGUGUUCUUCAGACGGAUUCUACAAAGUUAAGGAUACACUACAUGAAUUCGGCAAUGUUCUACAUCGAUUGCCUGUGUCUUUUACCGUUAGACUUUCUUUACCUGUCUAUCGGCUUUUAUUCUCUCCUCCGUGGAUUUCGUCUGGUGAAAGUCUACCGUUUCUGGGCAUUUUUGGAUAGAACAGAACGACACACGAAUUUUCCCAAUUUCAUUCGCACCUGUUCCCUUGUGCAUUACUUAUUAGCUUUGUUUCAUUGGAAUGCUUGUUUAUAUAAAAUUGUCUUAGGAAACAACAACGCCACGUCAUGGGCUUUCCCCGAGGAUGACGUUGUGUUGAAACAGUACCUUCACGCUCUUUACUGGAGCACGUUGACCUUUACGAAUGUCGGGGGCUUGCCGUCCCCCACGACUAUAGAGGAUUAUCUCUUCGCUGUUUUUGAGCUGAUAUGUGGUUUGCUGCUCUUCGCCACAGUUCUCGGCCACAUUGCUAACAUUGUGGCCAGUGUCAGCGCUGCCAGGAAGGAAUUCCAAGCUCGGUUAGACGGAGUGAAGACCUACAUGACGUUACGCCGAGUUCCUUUACGCCUCCAAGACCGAGUCAUCAAAUGGUUUGACUAUCUUUGGAUGUCAAAUAAAUCAGCGGACGAGGAAAAGACGUUGAGUUUGUUACCUGACAAACUGAAAGCUGAGAUAGCCAUCCAUGUACAUCUAGAUACGUUAAAACGGGUGGAGAUAUUCCAAAAGACUGAAGCUGGGUUUUUGUGCGAACUUGUGUUAAGGUUGCGACCUGUGCUAUUUUCACCUGGUGAUUAUAUAUGCAGGAAAGGUGAGGUUGGCAAGGAUAUGUAUAUAGUGAACAGGGGUCGUCUUCAUGUGGUGGCCGAUAAUGGUAAGACUGUGCUUGCCACCCUAAAACCGGGCAGUUACUUCGGAGAAAUCAGUAUUCUUAACAUGGGUACAGCGGGUAACAGGCGGACAGCUUCCGUAAGGUCCGUCGGGUACUCCGACCUAUUUUGUUUAUCCAAACAGGACCUCUGGGACGUCUUGAAAGAAUAUCCGGCAGCCAGGGUAAAACUGGAAGCGAUUGCUGUGAAAAGAUUAGAAAAAUAUAAGAAACAACCAUUAGAAAAAGCUGCCAUUAGUAGAAGCAAAAGCACUCCUGGGCUCGUGGAGUCUGCGGGUAAAAUCCCUCUGGAAGCUAUGUUUGUCGCACGACACCACACGCUGCCUCCUGGACUUAUCCAACAAGCCCGCCCAUCCAAGCCAAGUCCGACUUCCAGUGAAAGCAACGUUCGGCCCAAUGAUGGCCAGGACGGUAUUCUUUUGCAAACUACCUCUGAGCCAACGCUUCAUCCAGGCGAAGACUUCGACCAGGUGGCAAUUACGGUCAUAACAAACUCUGCGUCGACUCUCGCCGCGGUGCCUACUGACUCUACUCCUCAACGGUCGCCCUUACCCAGCGAGGGCACUUGUGUCUCCUUUACGCCACCCCUCUCUCCAAGACCGCAAAUGUCGGCGGAAAUGUCCGCCACAAACAUCCUUAAUAUCAGUGCCACCUUGCCAUCGGCACUGCCCGGUCAUAUCCCCCGUAUGGCAGUAUCCCCCUCACCCGACCAGGGUAGCCCCUAUCAUCGUCCCUCUCCCCACGUGCCACCCUUCCCCCCUACCCCAACUCAUCUGUCCCCUUACGCUACGCCGUACUGUGGUUCGAGCUACCCGCCUUCACCUAGCUAUUUAUCCGGCUCCACCACGUUCGCCUCGCUUUCAACUCAGCCAAGUCAUCAUUUAGCAGCGCCACCUGGUGUUCAAAUACCCAUGCAGCAGGGAGGCUAUCAUCACUUGUCCGGCAGCGUCUCGCCAGUCACGCCGUCACGUGACCCAUCACACGAGAUACUUUUACAGGAGAUUACUCGGCUGAGAGAGAGACUCGUUACCUUGGAAACAGAAAACGCUUCCAUGAGUAUAAAACUAAAUCAACAGCAAUGGGAAGUUCAACAUCGAUUGGCAGAAAUAGAAAUGCAUAUUUGUGGAAGCGAAAGUCCCGGGAGCACAGCUAGUGGAGAGGACCCGGAGAAAAAGUGUGAGCCCACAAACAAAGAGUCAGUGAUUUAAAACAAAUGUGUAUGCUGAUAUCCCAGUUGAUUAUUACAUGGGUUUGUGUGGGAUACUUUUUCCGGGACGAGUCAUUUCUUUCUCCCUUAAGAAAAAAAGAAGAAAAAAAGACUUAGACUUAGGAACAAACACCGACGAUUCUGCACAACAAUUUUUUUAUUCCAAUAUCUACGGAUUGUGAGUUCAAAAUUACCGGCUGACCAGUUUCAUCAUUAAUAGUGUACCAGGUUGAAGUUAUCCCGAUGCUCGGAUCCAAGAUUCGAUUCAAUUUCCUUGAUCUCCCUUGACGUUUCGUGCUGCUACCUCAAAAGGGGAGAUAACCCAGGUUGUACAUUGCCUAUUUACGUCGAUUUCUUCCAAAUUCCAUCAUUACAUGUUCAAACAGAUCUCGGCAUACGUCUGUAUAACGAUUACAUAUUCCUACGCGGUGCCAAGUUACUUUUGUUUUCUGUUUCUCCCUUCAUUUUAUACUUUAUUGUCAUAUUUAUUUAACUGUUGAAACAAUCUGUUACGAGUGCGUAUUCCUUUACGCGUAUGUACGCUCAGACGAGAUCAUUUUCUUGAUAUCGUCCGGCAUAGUAAUAACAGUUGGGGUGAUGGUGAUAUCAUUAUUUUAUUUUAUCUUUUUACAAAGUGGUAAAUUUAUUUUCAAAACCCUGUGAUAUAAUGAGUGAGCGUGUGCAAAGCAGUAUAUCCAUGACUUGUAAAUUAUAUACAUCGUGGGAC